UAAUUAAUAAUGUGUAUUACUUUGAAUUUUGCAGCCAUUGAAGAAACUUGUGAAUAUUCUAUUUUGGUCAUUUAUGGAAAUUAUAAUGACUGUAUCCCAGAUUGGACUGAGUGGUUGGUUCUACUCUGAAAAAGCAUCAGCUGCUCCUGUUGCGGAAAACACGUGUGUGUUCCUGGGACCAAAUAUAACAUUUGAAAGCAUGGAUCCUAGUUUUCAAGAGUUCGCUAAAAAGUAUUAUUGUCACAAAAAACCUCAAGACAUUCAGCUAGUGCCUUGUCACAUGACAAAGAGAGGUUAUCGGGCCAACUAUAAAGUGUUCAAGAAACGGAAGAGAGCAGGGGAUGGGUUUGUCCAUGAAGGUGUCAUCCGAGGUUGUUCUCCUUUCAACUGUAACAGGAGUUACGCUGUGGUCUGGAUUAAGAACACCAAUAUGAUGCUGGUAGCUGUGGACCGGGAUUGUAACUGUACCGGGGUUACAAAGGAAGUGGCCACCAUGAAAGGCACUCCUAUCAUUUAUAUCGAUACAGAAACCUGUCAGCUGAUGCAAGAAAUUUCCAGUAGAGGACGGGUCCAUACCAACUGUAUUGACAGGAACUCAAAAGAGGAGACCCAGGAGUGUGGUUGCUGGGGUCUAUGUGUAUCAGUGCCUGUUCUCUUACUCUCAGUGGCCUUGACCUCUUGGUACAGAACAGUCUUUAACCUUUGACAUGAAGAUAGUUGUGAGACAUUCAAUAUGAAAAAAUAUGCAAAUUUAGUCAUCCAGUUAUUUAGUUGACAUUAAAUUUCCUUAGAAAAUAGAGUCACAAUUCUUUAAAAGUAAAAAAUUUUGAAAUUAGAUUGUUCCAUAAAAAUUAGAAAAUAAUGUAACUUUGCAUAGAAAAUUGAUUGUGUUUUGUUUUUAAUGUUUUAGCUUUCACAGUUAUGAAAAUUAUUUAAAAUAAUUGAUAUAUACAUGUACAUAUUAUAAAAUUGUAUACCAUGUAUAUUUAUGCUACUGAAAGUAGUAUAUAAGAUUUAAUCAAGUUUAAACGAUAGCCGUUCCCAGCAUAUGAGAUAGUUUUAUGAUAGUUAUGUAAAUAUUAAUGUAGAAAUAUAAUUUUAAUUGACAAUCAAUCUGUUCAUGGAAAAAAAAAUCAUUUUAUUUAAAGAAAACAUACAGCAUGAAAUAUUUGUUUUAUUAAAAAUGGACAUAUCUGAAUAAAGUAAUGUAGUCAUAGAAUAUCAGAACUCAAGGAAAAGUGUUUCAAUCGACGUUUGUUUGAUCAAAUUUUAAUUGAAAAGAAUUAAUGCAGGAUUUUGUUAUAGUAGUAAUGUUCUGUUACUGUAUGAAUUGAUUUUAAUUAUGUAUACAGGGUUUAUUGUCAAUUUUAAAUCAAUUUAAUUUGUAGAUUUUUCCCAUGUAUGUUUUACCUUAAAUCUGACAAAGCUUACUGUAGAGCAAAUAAACACAUUGUCCAUUGAUUAAAGCUGUAAUGAAUUGUCAAGAAUUUUAUCAUAUUAGUGUUAAUGACUUUGUUUUAAGUAUUUUACCCUUAAACAUAACACAACAAACUUGUACAUGUAGAAAAAUUUAGUAUAGAUAAUCAAUACAUGUAUUUAUGUCCACAAUUACAUAUUUAAAUGUAAUUCCACCAUAACAAUAAAUUCCAAUCUAUGUAUACAUUUGAAGGUUGUUUGAAAGUUGGGUUCAUAGUUUAAUUAAGAAACAUUCCAGGAGUAAGUUACAGGAGAGGGUUAUCCAUUAGCUGUGUAUGUCAUUAUAAUACAUGUAAUACUCUGCUAAGUGGCAAUCGGUCUUUCGGGGUUGGAUUAUUUUUUUAAUCCAAAAUUAUUGUACAUAAUAUGAUUGUAUACCAUAUAUUACAAAUUAUGAAAUAAAAUUUUUAUUUUUUUUCACUGUUGUUUGUUUCUAUAAUAUUCCCUCAUGAUAUACUGUAAUCACUAACUUUUAGCAAAUCGUAUUAGUUGCAAAAUAGCUAUUGGUAUUUCUAAGCUAGACAAUUUUUUUUACAGUUUAAAGAAUAAUAUUAAAAAUAUAUAUGUACAUUCAUAUUCAUCUGCUUCAAAUGUAUAUUCAUCUAGACUUUUAGCUCGCCUAAAUAAGAAACAGAAUUUUUUAAAUCAAUAUCUCUAUGCGUCCAUAACCAAUCCCUGUUCCUGACCUCUUUUC